AUCUCGCCUGGGGGCACUCUGCUGCUUGGGCGGAGAAGCGUCCGGAGAACCGCUUGAAUCGUUUCGUGCUGAGAAGCGACAGGGCAUCGCUGAAUUAACCUGAAGACUGGGAGCGGCGUGCAGGUUGCAGAAUGUCUCAAAGGGAGAAGAAAAAGAAGGGCUUUCGACAGAAACCUCCGCCUAUCCUGAAAUAUUUGCAGGGAAUCCUUCGCAAGUACCCAGAUGGAGGGCAGAUUUUAAAGGAGCUGAUCCAGAAUGCAGAUGAUGCGGGUGCUGAAGAGGUGAUUUUACUCUAUGAUGAACGGAGUUUUGGAACACAAAGCCUUUUCUCUGAUGGACUGGCAAGCACCCAAGGACCUGCACUUCUGGCUUACAAUAAUGGCAUUUUCUCUGAGGCUGACUGGGAGGGGAUCAAAAGUCCUGGUAUCAGUCAUAAGGAAGAUGAUCCAUCUACUGUUGGUCAAUUUGGCUUAGGUUUUAAUUCAGUCUACCAUAUUACUGAUUUUCCAUCAAUUCUCUCUGGCGAAUUUUUGGGAGUGUUGGACACACAGCAAGCAGCAUUAGAGGAAGGAGGCCAGCUGUGGAGUAUAGAGGAAUGGGAAGAGGCACCUGAUCAAUUCCAGCCAUUCUGGGCAACACUGAAAUCGCUUGGCAAACCUUGCCCAGCAGUCAAGGGCCACUUCCCUGGCACCCUCUUUCGCUUUCCUAUUCGGCAGAGCCCCUCCAAGAUCUCAGACACCAUCUACAGUCCAGAACGGGUGCAGGAACUGCUGCAUGCAUUCUUAAAUGAUGCCCCCAUAAGCUUGCUGUUUCUCAGGAACAUCCAGAAACUGACCCUGGGCUUUGUUGGGUCUGAUGGUGGCAUCAAUGAGCUGCUGAAGGCUGAGGUCUCAAGCUGUCCAUUUUAUGAGUCAAAGGCUAUUCAAGAUGUGUCAAAGGCUACAGAAGCAUCUCUGAACCGUGGGAGGAACAGAAGGGUCUCGGAGAUAUUUGCUGAUGACAGUCUUGGUUCCAUGCUGGAGAUCAAUGCCUGCAUCAAAACACUUGCUCUGCAAGGCACUGGGAUUGGUAAAGCCACCAGGUGUGAGUGGCUCAUGUUGUCAGCAGAAGCAAAAAAAGUUGCCUUCCCAGGACUGUGGGAUCUUGCCGAGAAGGUGAGAUCCAAGCCAGCAUUAUCCUUGGCCUACUGUUUGCAAGACAGAUGCACUGGCCGCCUCAACUGCGUCUUGCCUCUCCCAGCCACAGAGGAAAAUAUCACUGGGUUGCCACUACACAUCAGUGCUCCUUUUCAGCUCACCGAUGACAGAAGGCACGUGCAGUGGUCUGAAGAGAGGUCCCAGGCACGGGGGGCUGAUGGCCGUUGGAACCACUUACUUAUGGAGGAGAUACUGCCUGUUGCUUAUUGCCAAAUGGUAGCGCUGGCCUCUUUCUAUCCGGGUGACCCAUAUGGGGCAUGGCCAGACCCAGAUCUUAGCCAGCAACUCCGGUACAAGCCUUUAGUAACUCAAAUAUGCCAGAGGUUAAGGAACAUGAAACUCUUGGUGAGGGUUGGAGAGGGGGACCCUCGCUUGCUCCAUCCUUCUGAAGCCAUCCUUUUGCCAAAACCAGUCUUGAAUAAGCCUAUAGGUCUGGUGCUGGAGAAGGCCCUCCUUUUGGCAGGAUCACCGCUGGCAGCCGCCCCUUCCCAUGUGCGUCAAGCCUUGAUAUUGGGUGCAAAAGAUGGAACAGCAGUGCAGGAGGCCACGGCCAAGUUUGUGGGAGGAACUCUGAGAAGAGCUGCUAAAGUCUGGAAUGGGCUCACUGUGUCUGAGAAAAGAUUGCUGCUGGAAUAUUUGGCUGGAGAUGGGUGUUACCUGGAAUUGAAGGAUCUGCCACUGCUUCCAACAGCCAAUGGACACUAUACCUGCUUUGGAGAUACUGGAGAGAUUGUGUUUGUUGAGACUCCUGACUUUCCCAGAAUUCUUUUGCCUGGUUUGGCUCACCAAUUCCUGCCCAAAGAUCUAAAUCCUGUGCUGCUGAACCAUUUGCAAGCAAUUGCCAAAAGAGGGUUAUUCAAAAAUCUGGUCUCCUUGAAUCAAGCCAUCAUUGAACAAAAACUUCCUGGAGCUCUCCCGAGAGGCUGGGUGAGCAGCAACUCUGUUCCUGUUACUUGGAGCCCAAGUGGGUACCCCAGCCAACCUCCCCUGGAGUGGCUUUCUACUUUCUGGACUUUUCUGACACACCGUGCUUCUUCCCUGGAACCCUUCAAGGGAUGCCCGAUAAUACCACUAACUUCUCUGACCAGUUCUCUCAAUGGCAUUCAGUUGGCCCGGCUUUUGCCUCAGUCCACCCUCAUGUUCCAGAGGCACGAUGGGCGAUUCUUGCCAGAUGCAGUGGCUAGAAUUCUGGAAGUGUUGGGCUGCACCGUGAUCCGGAGCUGGGAGUCAAGUUGGUCCCAUCACCAACUGAAAGAAUACAUUCUAGAACCCACACCUAACAAUGUCCUGCAAGCUUUUGCCCAUCUGGGGGUAGCAAAUGUGGCAAGCCAUCUGACAUCUUUCUCGACCUGCCAGAUUGAAAGUCUGAGUGCUUUUCUCUCAACUGCUGCAUCAUUCUCUCUAAAAGAUAUUGGAGUCCUCGCUGAAUUGCCGCUGUUCUUCAAGAUGCCUUCUCUUCUUCCACCUUCCAUGCCUGGCUUGGUAUCAGCCCAGGACCAUUUGGCUUUAGAAAAGACUUUGGUCCCACCAGUGCCUACAGAUCUCUUGACACCAGAACCUGUGCUCUUGUGUCGCAAUGAAGCUGAACGAAGCUUGCUUUUCAAAAUCCGUGGAAAGCUUCUGGGGACGCCAGAUCUAUGCCUGCUGUGUGUCCGAGCAAUGAAGAAGGGGUCAUAUGCCAAUCGGGUUAAGGAUGCCAAGCAACUCAUGUUGUGGUUAUUGCACAAUGGAGACACUCUCUUUAGCCAGAGCCGAGAAUUACAAGCUUUAUGCCGCGAUCUUCAAUUUGUGGAUUGUGGAUCAACAGAAUUGUUCCGGCCCUGUCAUCUCUAUGACCCAGAGAACCACACGUUGCUGGCCUUAUUAAAACCAAGCCACUUUCCCAUAGGCCCCUUUCGAGAGCAAGCAGUGUUGCGAAUCCUUCGUACUCUGGGUCUGAAAUCCGAUCUUAGUGCUGUCUCUCCAGCAGAUGCAAUAACUGCCGCAAAGGAAGUGAAUUUAAGUGAAGCAGCAACGGCCAAUGCCAAAUCCCGGGCGCUAAUCCAGGUUUGCAAUGAGAGUCCUCUACUGUCACACUUAUCUCCUCAGGAGCUGAAGCAGCUGAGGUCCCUGCCUUGGAUCCCUGCCAUCAAUUUCUCUGUGCUUGGCCCAGCUGGAGUCUUCCUAGCUCCUGUAUCAAUUCGCUCAGAGAAGUAUGCAGGUCUUGUAGGACUGGUCAUGGGACUGACAAAUGCUUUUUGGCCCCAUGCCGCAGAAAAAUUGGGUCUGGAAUGCUCACCACCUCCACAGAAGGUGAUAGAAAACUUAGCUGGCCUGGCACAAGUCGUUUCCUCUAAAGAGAUACCAGUGUUAACUGUAAAGUUGCAUAGCAUCUAUGAGUAUAUGCAACGGCAUUUCACCGAUUUCCAACAUCCACCCACAUGCCCUUCAGUGUGGAAUGGGAAUGGCUUCUCAUGGCCAGCAGAUGUGGUACUAUCCUAUCCUAAUGACCUAGACCUUGCACUCCUGAUGCCACGAGUGCCCCCAGACUUCCAACAGUACAGGCAACUUUUUGCAGCAUGGGGUGUCCAGCAGGCACCCAAAGAGGAAGAUGUAUGCCAGGCGCUCCGUAAGUUGGCAGAUCAAAUCAACUUCAGGCCCAAAGGGGGUACACAGGCUGAAUUACUCCUCUUUGUAGCUGCUUUGGACUGGCUCCGCACUCAAGGUUACCAUGGGGAAAAAGAAAUACUUAUACCUGUGAGGAUUGCAGGUUUGGCUGGUUUUGCUCUACGCCCUNCCAGUUCAGCACUGUAUUGUGACAUGGAUCAUUCCCGUCUUACUGAUCUGGGUGGAGACCUACCCAUUUUGGUGCAUGAAGCUGUUUCUUCUGCCACAGCUGCUUGCCUUGGGGUGGAGAUGCUGAGUGCCAGGCUGUCGGGCCUAGAACUGUUUGAGGCUUGGGGACCGUCAGAGCCCAUCACUCUCCGGAUCCGUAACAUCCUUCGUGAAUACAGCCAGGAUGGCGAUGUGUUUCUGGAAUUGCUGCAGAAUGCCGAGGACGCUAGUGCUCAGACCUGCCGCUUCUUAAUAGACCUCCGGCAGCAUGAUACUACUGAAGGACUUCUGGAUCCUGGCAUGGCUGCCUGCCAAGGGCCAGCCCUUUGGGCCCAGAAUGAUGCACUGUUUACCGAGGCAGAUUUCUCCAACAUCACCCAACUAGGUGCAGCCACCAAGGAGCACCAGGAGAACAAAAUUGGUCGCUUUGGCCUAGGUUUCUGCACUGUCUACCAUAUGACUGAUGUGCCCUUCCUUCUCAGUGGUCACACCAUCCUCAUCUUUGAUCCCAAUAUCACUCAUCUCCAAAAGCAUAUCCGUGGCUCAGCCCGACCAGGCAUCCGUUUGAGUUUGACCUCCAAGGUCGCCACUGCCUUUCCAGAGCAAUUUUGGCCGUUCAGAGGGAUCUUUGGAUGUCAGGUUGGGGAGAACUACCAAGGCACUCUGAUUCGUUUGCCUUUCCGCACCGAACAGGAGGCAAAAGAAUCUCUGAUCUGCUCUGAGCCAUUUGGACCCAGCCGAAUCAAAGGACUGGAAACUGCUUUCCAGGAGAUAUACCAAUACCUGCUGAUUUUCCUACACAAUGUGCAGGAGCUAUCACUGUCCCACCUCUCAAGGGGUUCUAAUUCUCCAGAAAGUGCCCAGCCACUGGCCACAGUAAACAGAGAAGGGCUGAAUGAGGCGGGUUUUCCCCUUAUUCGAUUGACAGCAAUGUGGGAGUCAGCUGUGGUGACUCACCAUUUCCUGCUACAUUCAUGCUCAGCUAAUGGAGAAGCCAAGAUGCUGUUCAGAAAGGGAAGAAAAAGAGGGGUCCAUUUCAUGCCUCCUUCAGCUAGCGUAGCCCUGCCGCUCCGCCCCAGUACCACCGUUGGACGAUGGCGCCCAGAUAUACAUGGUUUUAAAGGCCGGGUCUUUUGCUCCUUACCUCUUCCCAUUGAAUCAGGCCUCCCAUUGCAUCUCACAGCACCCUUCGCUGUGCUUAGUAAUCGCAAAGGACUCUGGGAUGCUACAGAAAAGGGCCAGUGGAAUACAGCACUCCUACGAGAUUCAGUGACAGCUGCGUGGCUUGGGGCACUAAAUCAGCUCCGAGACAUGUGCAAAGAAGAACUGCUGGAGGACUACAAGUACUAUGAUUUUUGGCCUGAUAUAUACAAUAUCAAGUAUCCUUUCAGCGAAGCAGCCAAAGCCUUCUACCAAGCAUUAAUCGAUGGAGUAAAUGGGGAGCAGCCAGUUCUCUUCUCUGAUGGACAAAAAUGGUGUCCACUUCAUCGUGUUUGCAUCCUGGAUGAUGAUAUCAUUCAUGAGAAGCAACUGAGUUCUAUAGCAGCGAUGGCCUUCUCAUUACUUUUACCAGAACCGCAGGUUGCAGUUUCUCUUCCAGACUGGGUGAAAAUGAGCUUCAAAACAUGCACCCCAAGAAACAGUUCAGUGCUAAACACUUAUCAUUGGGCACGGUUCCUUCGGGAGCUUGUUUUGCCCAAUCUUACUAAGCUUGCAGUGCCUGAUCGUGAUGCCCUGAUCCUUCGUGCCCUAGAUAUGAAUGAUGCUAGUGUGAAUGAGCUUCUGAAAUCGCUUCCUUGCAUUCCUACUACUCCAAAUGAAAAGCUGAAAACUAUUAAAGAACUUGUACAUCCAGGGGGCCAUGCCGCACCUCUAUACAGUCCUGAAGAUGGCUGCUUUCCUAUGGGUGAAAAGUUUCUGGAGCCAGAGAGGCUGUUGCGCUUGGAACAUCUUGGCAUGACCAAAGAUUGGGUGGAAAUGGAAGAACUGAUAAGCCGAGCCCAAAUUGUGGCAGCUUUGUGGCAGCAGGACCCCAACAAAGCAUGCCAGAGAGUCUACUGUAUCUUGGAUCUCCUUAAUGACCAUCUCCAGGAAAGUUCCAGAAAUACUACCCAGGUCUUGUUUAGGGAUAUUCCCUUUUUACCAGCAGUACUUCCUGGGAAUUUGCGCAAAAUCUGCUGCCCCAGUGAAAUUUACCACUACAAGAUGUAUUCAUUGGUGCAUUUGACUGAACCAAUCCUGGACAAAGAAGCCUUUGAGAAAAGCUCCAAGCUCUCUAAGGAGAUAAUGGAAUUCCUAGGACUGAAUCGCAAACCACCAGUAGCUACAGUGCUAAAGCAACUGGAGAGAGCAUCCCUUUGUUCCAACGCCCUCUCCAAGAAUGAGCUGGCUAAGAUGGCACAAAAUUGCUAUGCGUUUCUCAAUGAAGUGGUUCAGAACAAUCAAAGUAUAAUGGAGGUGGCCCAAUGGGCACAAAAGUUCCCCUUCAUCCUGGUAGGUGCUAGCUUUGUGCCAGUGGGUAAAGUGGCUCAUCAUCUGAGUUUUGAUGCUACUCCAUACCUCUUCCAAUUGCCUGAUGAAUACCAGCAACAAAAGGAUCUAUGGAGGUGUGUGGGUCUGCGUGACAUGUUUAGGGUGGAUGAUUAUGCUUCUGUCCUGCAAACCCUGGCUGAAGAUGCAGAUGGACGGUGUCUUUCUGUAGAGCAGCUGAACACUGUACUUAGGUUGAUCACGGUAGGGCUUGCUGGAGCUUUGCCAGAGAAUCAACAACUGGAUUCUUAUUUGUCCCAGAAGAUGUUUUUCCCAGACCAGGACAAAGUCCUACGAAAAUUGCCCAAGCUGCUUUUCAAUGAUACUCCGUGGCUUCCACAUGAGAGUGGAACACCAUUCUGCCAUUCUAUGAUCCCACGAGAAGUUGCUGUGCGCUGCGGCAUAUCAACCACAAAGCACCGUAUCCUGUCCCUGAGACGGAUCCAGAAGCUUUCUCCUUGGGCCACAGAUUUUGGAGCUAAGGAGGACCUGUGUACCCGCCUAGCUAACAUCCUCCAUGACUAUUCCUCUUCACAGGAUGUGCUGAAAGAGCUGCUGCAGAAUGCCGAUGACGCUGGUGCAAGUGUCAUCCACUUCCUUUGGGAUCGCCGCCAACAUCCAACACAGCGUAUUUUCAGUGAUGAGUGGAGCACUCUUCAAGGUCCAGCCCUCUGUGUGUAUAAUGACCGGACCUUCCAAAUGAGCGACAUUGAGGGGAUCCAGCGCUUAGGCCGCGGUGGCAAAGGAGGAAAGCGUGAUGCUAUAGGAAAAUAUGGUCUGGGAUUCAACACUGUUUUCCAUUUGACUGAUUGCCCUGCUUUCCUUACAGGGGAUAGAACACUAUGUGUCUUUGACCCCAUGUUGCAUUACCUCCCAGAAUCUGAUGAGGUCUCACCGGGUGCAAAGUACAACGUCACUAAAGAUUUCAGAGAUGCCUUUUUGGAUGUUUAUGACACCUUUUUGCCUAAUGUGUUUGAGCUGGAACAGGGUACACUUUUCCGGUUGCCCCUGCGUACUCCUGCAGGUGCGGCCACCUCCCGUAUUUGCCAGAAUUCGGUAUCUGAGAUAGAUAUGAAAAACAUGUUGGAGGCUCUUCAAGAAGAUGCAGAAUGCCUCCUGAUGUUCCUCAAUCACAUUCGCUCUGUAAUUUUCUCUGUUAUAAGUGAGAAAGACAAGAAACCAAAGGAGUUGCUGCGGGUUGAAAUUGAAGGAGGGGAGCCUGAAAGGCUAGAAUACCAGAAACAUUUGCAACAGGCAGCUGCAGCAGGGGGCAUGGAUACGGGCAAGCCAGUAAGAGUUUUCUACAAAAUGAAGAUCAAGAAUAAUCUCUCCAGUGAUCCCAGCAUCUGGUUGGUUGGUAGGCAAAUUGGGAUGGACAGCACAGAGACUAUAGAGGGCAUGCUACUGCCAUAUGGCGGUGUGGCUGCUUGUCUUGAUAGUCAACCACCUGGGAGGGCUUUCUGCACAUUGCCUCUGCCAGGAAAGACAGGUCUUCCCAUCCACGUCAAUGGGAACUUUGCUGUUGAUUCAGCUCGGCGUGACUUGCGGAAAGACAGUGGCGAAGGAGAAGUCAGUUCAACAUGGAAUAGGUUACUAAUGCAGUUUCUUCUGGCCCCUUUAUAUGGCCAGUUACUUAAAAAGCUGUGUCAGACACUGGGGAGCGUGCCAUUGAAAUUCCACAAUCUGAAGACAUGCCAGGAUGAACUUUUGCAGUAUUUACAAUAUUUCCCAAUUGUGACCAAGGAUGUAUCCCCAGUCUGGCAGCAGCUAAUGACCCAUCUGUAUAAACUGGUAUACAAAGACCAGCUUCCAUUGUUGCCAGUAUAUCAGAAAAAUAUUAAUAACAAAAAUGGUCAUAGAAUUGAAGUGAUAAGUGUGUGUUGGAGUGCACCCAAAGUAGAUGACUCUACCAGAGGCCCCUAUUUUCUGCAGAAUAUAAUAGAGAAUAAUAUUCUUGAGUGCACUCUUCAGAAGCUGGGUAUGAGCUUGGUCCCUGCCUUUGAACACCUACAAAAAAUACGUGACCAAUUUCUCAUGGCAGAAAUUGAAGUCCUGACCCUUGAUUCUCCUUCCCUCUGUUGUUUCCUGAAAAAUCUGCCCAACUUCUCCUUACCAUGCCCACUUAAUGAAACUCCUGUAAAGCAUCAUUCCAAUUGCUCAGCUCUCCUAAACUUCUCUCUCAGUGGAUUGUGUCCCAAUGACGUGACCUGCGUGGAAGGACUCCCAUUACUGGUGACCCAAGAUGACAUGCUGAGAUGUUUCAGCCAGCAGGAGCUUGUCUAUCAGAGCAGUGCUUAUACACUUUUCCCACAGCAUCAGCACUACUUUUCUGCCUGUGCGAAUGGCAAUCUAAAAACCAAGCAGCUUCUAUUAAAAAUGGGGUUCCUGAAGGAUUUUACUCUUGAUGAAUCUGUGGCUUACAUCCAGGAGAUGCUGACGGUGGGUAUCAGGGGCUAUGAUAGCAAUUGCCAGAGGAGUUGGUUAAGAGAAGUGUGGAAGUUCUUUGAAAAUCAAAUCUGUGUGCCUGAGAGUAAGGAGGAAAUGAACGAGCUAUUUGCAAAGUUCAUUUCCCUCUUCAAAGGAUGCACGCUGCUCCCUGUGUGUGGUUCCUGUGAGCUGAUUCCUCUUGAGUCCCUUGGCACAGUCAUGCCUAACAGCCAAAGCUCUGUUUGUCAAAUUCUUGAUGGGCUAGGCUUUGCCAAAAUAGAUAAUUCCCUGCUGCCUCCAAAGCUUACAAUAUACUGCAUUGAGCCACAGCUGCUCUCGAUAGAAGACCCUACUGUAGUGCUGGAGCAACUGUCUGCCCACAGUGGCCUAUGCUGGAAUAAACUCAAGUCAUGGGAUUAUUCUUCACUCUUGAGGUUCCUCAGUAAGGAUCUGGAAAAGUUGGAGAAUAAUCAAGCAUUAUUAGGGAAACUGAAAGCUUUGCCUGUGUUUGAGACGUAUCAAGGAAAAUAUGUGUCACUGGUUUCAUAUGAAAAGGUGUAUCGUCUGGUAUCCAAAAAUCCAAAGAUCUCUAAGGACUUUAAGGAACUUUAUGAAAUGGAUGCAAGGACUGUUUUACUGAUGGACAACUGUCUGAAUCAAAGUCUCAGCCAGUGCUUGGGUAUUGGAGAAAUGAAUGAUUUACAACAGUUCAUGCUGCUGCUCUUGCCUAGGGUACGCUGUUUUCCUGAGGCCCAAGUACUGGAGGCCUUGAAGUUGCUCCUUACCAUCAAGUCAGACUAUAAUGAAGAGUAUGAGGCUCAGAAAGCAGAUGUGGUGUCGAUGUUCCAGUCUUUUGCCUUCAUCCGGGAUAAGGAGAAUGUGUUGCGUCCUGUAUCAUACUUCUAUGAGGAUAAUCCAAUUUUUCAAGAGUUGGGACUGGCCUCUCGAUUUGUACCAAAGAAAUUCUAUGAUUCAGUGCUUCCAGGCAGAAAGUGGGAAGUGUACUUUUUUUUAUUGGAUGUGGGCCUGCAGAAGGUGAUUUCUGAGGAAGAUUUUUUGAACUGUGCAGCCCAAGUUGAACAAGAGGCAGUAAGUAGUGGUACCAUGUCCCAAAGUGUCCGAGAAACAAGUAAAGCACUCUUGAGUUAUCUGUUUUCCAGACCAAAAGCUGAGCUGUCUAAUUCCUUCCUGAAAAAAUUGUCCAAGAUGCGUUUCCUUGUACCACGAGUCAUCCCUGAUGAACUGUGUUGCCUUCAUUCGCCAUACGUCCCUUGCAAAGCUCCAGUGGCACCCCAAGGUACUUUGUACAGUACCACAAAUGUAGCACUAUUUUGGACUUCAGCAGUUGCUUUCUCUUCUAAUGAAUAUGUCGGGAAAGAAGAAAAGGCUGUUCUUGAAAAGCUUGGAGUGUUAUGCACAGUAUCUACCCAAGUGGUCUUGAAAAAUUUGAGUAAUGUAUGUCAAGUAACCUGUGAUACACCAGAAGCUAAGAAAACUCGGGCAAAUGUUCUAAAACUCAUGUACAGGUUCCUGUCAGAACAGGGAGAAAUAGAUGUGAAUUGCCUUAGAGGACUUCCUGUGAUACUGACAGAUGAUAAUGAAGUAGUUGAGGCAGAAAAUGUGGUGAUCCACUUAAAAUGCUCAAGUGACCUUCGGCCAUACCUCUACAUGCUGCCAUCAAAAUUAGGUACAUAUAUAGAUUUCUUUGAGAAAUGUGGAGUGCAAACUGAGCCAACCAUCCAUCAUUAUGCCAGUGUUCUGUCCAGGAUUCAGGAAGAGACUACAGAGCGGGUGAAACUGCAUCCCAAUCUCACUAGAGCUGUGGUCAGGGCUACUCAGUUUCUCUUCCAGCUGCUGGAAGAAGCAGAAAAGCCAGUGGAUUUCUCAGAGCUGCAAGAACUUUAUCUCCCUUGCAUUGAUGGGAAGUUAUAUCCAUCAAAUACUUUAGUGUUUAGUUUGUAUCAAUCUGGCCAAGAACCCCUUGCCUUGAAAAGCACACUUCACUUUCUGGUCAAUCUCUCUGAAUGUUCCAUAACAGAGGACAAGUAUAAGCAGUGGAAAGUUCUGUGCUUGCUACCUGAAAACCUGCGCCCCAGGUAUUUCUAUAACAUUGUUGAAGAACAGUUAGAAGAGUCCUCUCUGAAACUGUGCACCUAUCAGGAACACUGUGAGUUCCGGAACAAUCUCACCGAACUUCUAGUUUCUCUUGAAUUCCAGAAUGCUCUGAUUACACUAUUGAAAUGGCAGAGUAGAACAAAGGAGCUAGAAUCGAUGAGUGAUGGACUGUUCUCACCAGAUCAGCUAGAAGUGGUGUGCUGUGAGACGCUCUGCACUGUAAAGGUCUACAACAAGCAACUUUUAAAGGGAACUCAAGAUGUCAAGACUGUGCAUGUUGCAAAAAUGCCGGAUGACAAGACAAAGAUUUACCUUACUCACCAGGAAAGCAUGGAUCUGGGAGAGGGAGUACAUAUAUCCAAUAUUCUAGCCACUGAAGUUAAUAAGCUUUUGGGAGAAAAACUUGAUGAAUUUACCAUGGGAAUCCUCAGGGAGAUUUUGGUUUGCCAGGGACCUAAAAAAAUUGGUAGAGUCCUAGAGAGAAAUGGAGUGCCCCUGCAUCAGCAGAGCAACCUAAAUGCUUAUGACCUUCCUCCUCCAGGAGAAGACAUCCCUGAGGAAUGGUAUGACAGCCUGGAUAUGAACAUUCUGCAUACCUUUGUGAAGGGAGAUUAUGUGGGUUAUCUGGAUUCUUCCCAGCCCAAAGAGCAUUACCUUUAUGCUGUUGUCCGUGAAGUACUUGAGCCACAGAAGAGUGGUAGUGGUCAAAUACCCACAUAUCGUAUUGACUUGGGAGGGGGUCGGCAAGAAGAAGUCAGUGCUUAUGACCUUUACCAUUUCAAGAGAAAUAAGCCAGUCUCUGAUUCAAAUAAAACUCUAAUGCUGGCAGUAAAUUCCACCGAUGCUGCCCAAACAGUAAGAUCAGAUAUUAAUAAGUAUUGGCACCAACGGCCACUGAGCGAGGUCAAGGAAGAGAUAGAUGCAUGCCUCGCUCAGAUUUGGAGACUGUCAGAGGAGGAGAGGAAGAAAGCCCUUAGAAGAUUAUAUCUAUGUUACCAUCCAGAUAAAAAUCUCGGCCAAGAAGAUUCCGCUGGUGAACUCUUCAAGUAUCUUAAAAGAAAGAGUGAGGAGAUGGAGAACAGAAGGAAGUCAAAUGGCUCCAGUGGAGGACCCAAAAGUAGCAAUUCCUGUGGCAGAAACUUCUCAGAGUGUUGGAGCGAAUGGGAUCAGCAAGCUUAUCAGCAUCAGCAGAGGCACUAUGAAUUCACCAGCCAAAGGUCUGCUGGAGGUGGUGGUGGGUGCAGCACUUAUGAUUUCUGGUCAUACCAUCGACGUGGACCGAACUCCUCAAGGUCACUAUCAAAUCACCGUUUCCUAGAGGCAAAGCGUUGGCUCCAGCAAGCAGAAUGCGAUCUGCAGGCAGCAGCCAGCAUUGCUGAAAAUCGCAGCCCUGAAUGGUUGCUGUAUAUGACUUUCCGGGCUAUGGAGAAGACCCUGACAGCAGUUGAGUACAACCAGGGAGGAUGCUUUGAGAGGAAUCUCUCUCUUGCAAAGCUAGCUGACCAGGCAGCAUCUUAUGGAUGUGAUCUGGCUAAGCUUCCUGAGCAGAUAGCUGUGCUCAGGAAGCAUGGUGUAGAUGACAAGAUUACACAAUAUCCCAAAUAUCAUGCUUUACCCACCAUUCCUAAUGAGGCCUUUUCUUCCUGCAAAGAGCAGGAUGUGCUCUUGUUAGCUUGGGAGAUCCUAAACAUGGUAAAGAGAUGGCUUGGCCUCUCAAAAGAGCUGUAGAUAUUAGAAGGUGGGAGAGACCAUUUUAUAUAUAAUGCAGCAGUACCUCUGAGGACAUUUUCCAGAUAGAGACUUUAAAAUGAGAAAGACAGCUCUUUAGAAAAAAUAUAUAGUCUCCCAGAACCUGUUUUCUUUGUAGAUGGCGAAACAAUAUGGCGUCUGUGAUAACAAUAUGCAUAUUCUUUAAUAGAGAUGUUCCAUUUUUUUAUUGUCUUCUGAUACGUUGCUUUAAUAAACUUGGGUUUGUUAAGUAAUUAAAGAGUUGGUUAUAUAUUUAUGGAGGGGAGUAAAGGAAAUUAUUAUUAAUUAAAAGAGCCAUAGGCUCCCAGAUAGAGAUUUCAUUUCCUCUUUAUCUCAGUAUUUGAUUCUUCCAUAAGGUCAACCAUCAGUCCUCCCCAGUACCUCAAUUACCAGAAGUAAUAGACAGUGUUCUUCCCAAUGUGUGUGCUUACUGAGGUUGUCAUGACUGAAUGAUUAGUUGGUGUUGACUCUUCAUGUCAAAAUAGAUUUUUCCCAUGAUCUGUCCCUCAUCUGGUACUUCAGGUUUUCCAAUGGUGCACCAUUGCCACUGUAACUGAAUCCAUCCACCUUCUGCUGGUUGUCCUCUUUCCUUCAACAUUUCUCAGCAUUAGAGUCUUUGUAUAAUGUGUCUGAACAGGUCGUCAUACUGCUACUUAAUUUCAUUUUAUCUUUGGUCAAAAUUUGCAACUCUCUUUCACGUUUGGAGGGAAUAGAAACAAUACAAGAACAUGAAUUCAUCCAUUUAAGAGUUGCAUAAAAGUGGUUUUGUAAGUUUCUGGGUGGUUCAUAAGCUUAGUUUUCUUACAAGCCUGGAACAUCUUUCCCUAACACUGUAUCCGCUGACAAAUCUGGGAAUUGUUGCCUAAGGCAUGUGGGAGGUAUCAAGUUUGAGAAAUUUGUUCUAGACCUACAACUCAAGCUUUUAUGUGGUUUAUCCAUAAAUCUCCUGUAGCAACAUGGAUUGUCUCCUUGAAAAUGGUGUCUACUAACUAAAAAUAAAAUAUCUGCAUUAUUUGUUUUAGUUUAAACAUCAGAAAACUUCUCUCUAAGCCUUAGCAUGAAAUACUCCCAUAAUUUCCCAUUUGUCCAUUUGUGAAUUAUCUUUUUGGGUGGACCUAUAAGUCUAAAUAAGUGUUUGCUGUUAUUAUAUAUUAUUAUAAUAUGUGGUUAUAUUAUUUGUAUAGAUAGAUAGAUAGAUAGAUAGAUAGAUAGAUAGAACAAUAUAAAUUGUAUUAUAUAUUAUAUUCAAUUAUUACAGUAUAUGGUUGAUUGUUGUACUUUGAGCAGAUCUAUUGAAAUAAAUCAGAAUUGGUUUCAGUGGGCUUAUACUAAAUGUAAUUAAGGUGAGAUACAAUUAGCCUGCUGUUCUGCUGAAAUGUCAGGCUUUGUUCAAACUUGCUAUAGAAUUGGGCAGAGGAACAGUAUAUCGUUUUAGUCUUGGAUGGGAGAUACCUUAUCU